GUAUCGUAAAAAGCAUUAUGGCCGCCAAUAGCGUAACUUGAGGGGUUAGAACGCACGUAAGUGCUGGUUGAAGAAUAAAUCGUAAAUCCUGAAGAGGGGAAUCGAUAACAACGAGUUUGACAAUCAGUAAAAAUAUUUCUCUGGGGUUGUUUUGGAGGGUUUUUUAACCAGGAAAUCUUCCAGAGGGAGUUCAAUAUGCCAGCUGUACCAGGUGGAAUCUACCAGCAAGGACCAUCCUGCUGGGACAGAAUGAAAAUGGGGUUUGGAAUAGGUUUUUGUGUGGGAAUGGCAUCUGGGGCCCUUUUUGGAGGCUUCUCAGCGUUGAGGUACGGUUUAAGAGGCAGGGAACUGAUAAAUAACGUCGGGAAGACGAUGAUACAGGGAGGUGGUACCUUCGGCACAUUCAUGGCUAUUGGCACUGGCAUACGGUGCUAGUAUCAGUUGACUUAUUGUUGAUGAAAUAUGUAUCUUGUCUUAGACUGAGGAGCUGUAUGAUAUAAUUGAAAAAUUUACUGUUGAAACUACUAAUAAAAUAAUGCUUAAUGAGUA